AUGCGAUCUUGGAAUGACUGUGUUUGGUCAGGCGCCUCAUCGAACGUCAAGAAGCCUAUGCUGGGUUUCUCGACUGUUAAGGAGACUGGGGAAGCACGGAUGGCCAACAUCGACGCCCAGCUCGUUUGUCUUGUCUCCCACGUCACGAUCGCUCUGGGCCGUCUAAAAGGGUCUACCUCGUUUAGACUUACAAAAUCCACCGCCGACGUCGUCACCCAUUUGACUGGGGUCGCUGUACACGAAACCUUCAGCGUUGGCGCUUCCGACAAGUACGACGGACCUUCUUCUCUUGCACCUGCGGCCGCUGCUUCAAAUGUCCAUGACAGUCGUCGUCCUUCCUUGACGACAACGGACCACCACUACGAGGGACGAGCAUGCCACCACGACAACGGACGACCACAACCAUGGCCACAACCACAACCAUGGCCACAACCACAACCAUGGCCACAACCACAACCAUGGCCACAACCACAACCAUGGCCACAACCACGGACAAGGAUGUACCACCACGAGGGACGAGGGAAGAGGGAGACAGCAACGUGGCAAGCAAACGACAAACAACGUUGUUUGUCGUUUAUCAAAGUGGCGACGACAUACAGCACUGGACUCAACGAACGAGGUGGAAGCCCAUGGCAGCAAGCGGGGAUGCUGGAUGUGACCAAAAUGUCAUUCCCGCUACGGUUUUUCUUCGUGAGGUCAUUUGCCACCAGACCCGUAGUGCUCAAGUAUGUUAGCCUUCCUCUUCAUUACAGCUACGGCUGCAAGCUAGCCGCAGAGAAAUGUCAGACCUACGCCGCACAACCCCGAAAAGCAUCUAUACUCACCUUUCCUCUCAACUUCCCUUUAGAUGGGGUUGCCGACACUCGCGCCAGACAGACCUCAAUAGGUGUACCAUUAACGACUUUGCCAUGGCACGUUUCGAUUGAGCACAACUUGGAAGCUUGCUUCAUAACCCGACUCCCCCACGUUGGUUUGGAAGCAUGUAUUGCCCAAUUGUUCGAAGGAGAGAAGCCAUACCCCUGCGACUCAAGGUCAAACGCAUGUUAUUUUCGGACAGAGGCGAUGACGUACUGUUCCUCGGUAUCAAGGAGGGAAGUGGUAGUUCCUCGUCAAAGGCUGGAGGUCGUAGUCGAUCCGAUUAUACCGUCCUUGCGAAUGUAG